UGGCGUCUCGUCUAGAAAGAUAGGAUGGCCUGAAGAGGGUGAUAAUAUUGGUCGAAAAAAUGAUUGAAAACGACUCAAGUGGUGAACAGUGAAACCCUCGCCUAUUGCAAACGAACCUCCGUCGUCCAUGUUUGGGACCGUUGUGUUUAAAAGAACGGAGUUUAUGGGAAUCUGAGAGUAAUAAACGGGCAACUCUGCUAGCUGCGGUAGCUAGCCAACUGGACCGAGCACAGCUGGCCAACGUUAGCUACCCACCAGUCAUCACAACAACAGAGGAAGGAGAGCGCUCACCUGCCCUAUCAGACCCCGGGACAGCCAAGUGUCUACGGGGCAAUGGAAGGGGAAGAAUUUGUACCUCCUCCGGAGUGUCCAGUGUUUGAACCAACAUGGGAGGAGUUUCAGGAUCCUCUGGGUUACAUCGCCAAGAUACGUCCAAUUGCAGAGAAAUCUGGAAUCUGCAAAAUUCGGCCCCCAUCAGACUGGCAACCACCGUUUUCAGUCGAACUGGAUCACUUUCACUUUACGCCCCGCAUCCAAAGGCUUAAUGAGUUAGAGGCGGAGACCAGAGUGAAGCUUAACUAUUUGGAUCGUAUUGCCAGGUUUUGGGAGAUUCAGGGAUCAUCCCUAAAAAUCCCACAUAUCGAAAGACGUAUUCUUGAUCUUUUUAGCCUGUCAAAGAUUGUGACAGAUGAAGGCGGUUUUGAGAUGGUUUGCAAGGAGCGACGCUGGGCUCGUGUAGCCCAGAGGCUUGGCUACCCUCCAGGCAAGAACAUCGGUUCUCUGCUUCGCUCGCACUAUGAGAGGAUCGUCUACCCAUUUGAAGUGUUCCAUUCUGGUGCCAGUCUGCCGCAUUACAAGCCAAAGCACUAUGAUGGUGAAGAGGUGGAUAAGGAGUACAAGCCCCAUUCAAUCCCCCUGCGACAGUCUGUGCAGCCAUCUAAAAUGAGCAGUUAUGGACGCAGAGCAAACCGCUGUCAGCCUGAUGGUCCAGAGGAUCUGGCCCCCCAUCCUCUCACCACUGGCUCUGAACUCAUCUCUGCGCCUGAACCUACAGAGGAGGACAUAGAGAAGAACCCUGAGCUAAAGAAGCUACAGAUUUAUGGUGCUGGGCCGAAAAUGAUGGGACUUGGACUGGUGGCAAGGGACAAAGGCAUUAGGAAGAAAGAUGAGUUGCCUCAGACUGUUACUGUCAAAGAGGAUGUGACUGCUGCUCCUAGUGAUACAUCGGUCAAAUCUGAGCCACUGGAGUCCCCAGAGAAGCCGAGUGAAGGAAGCACAUCUAUUCCCAAACUCCCUCCCCUGAGCAUCACCACCAAGACGGAAGUGAAGAAAGAAGAAACUGAGGAUUAUGAGUAUGGCAAAGAAAAUGAGGAAGACGAAGAUGAUGGACCUUCGUCCAAAAUGACCAUGAGGCUUAGACGCAACAUCAACAAUCCACAAUGUGAGGACUCAUUCGUGUGUCGAAUGUGUGGUCGGGGAGAUGAUGAUGAGAAGCUCCUGCUUUGUGACGGCUGUGAGGAUAACUACCACACCUACUGUCUACUUCCCCCUCUUGCUGAUCCACCAAAAGCCAACUGGCGAUGCCCCAAAUGUGUGGCUGAGGAGUGCAAGAGGCCGACGGAAGCGUUUGGCUUUGAGCAAGCUACACGAGAGUACACCCUGCAGAGUUUUGGGGAAAUGGCUGAUUCCUUUAAAGCAGAUUACUUUAAUAUGCCUGUCCACAUGGUUCCUACAGAGCUUGUGGAGAGAGAGUUUUGGAGAUUAGUCAGUAGUAUUGAGGAAGACGUGACUGUUGAGUACGGAGCGGAUAUACACUCCAAAGAGUUCGGCAGUGGUUUCCCUAUGAACAAUGGCAAGAGGAAGCUUACAAAGGAAGAGGAGGAAUAUGCCCGCUGUGGCUGGAACUUGAAUGUGAUGCCUGUCCUUGAGCAGUCACUCCUGUGCCAUAUUAAUGGAGACAUCUCUGGGAUGAAGGUGCCAUGGCUUUACGUGGGCAUGGUGUUUUCAACUUUCUGCUGGCACAUUGAAGAUCACUGGAGCUACUCUAUCAACUACCUACACUGGGGUGAGCCCAAGACUUGGUACGGGGUUCCGUCUGUGGCAGCUGAGCGACUUGAGGAGGUGAUGAACAAGCUAACGCCAGAACUGUUUGAGUUUCAGCCUGACCUCCUUCACCAGCUGGUCACCAUCAUGAACCCCAAUAUUCUGAUGGCCCAUGGUGUACCGGUUGUACGCACCAACCAGUGUGCUGGGGAGUUUGUCAUCACCUUCCCCAGAGCCUACCACAGUGGCUUCAAUCAGGGGUAUAACUUUGCUGAAGCUGUCAAUUUCUGCACUGCAGACUGGCUGCCUGCUGGCCGUUCCUGUAUAGAGCACUACCGUCGUCUCAGAAGAUAUUGUGUAUUCUCCCACGAGGAGCUCACCUGCAAAAUGGCUGCUAGCCCAGAGAAACUAGAUCUUAACCUGGCUGCAGCUACACAUCGGGAAAUGUUCAUCAUUGUUCAGGAAGAGCGGAAGCUGCGGAAGAGUCUAAUGGAAAGGGGUAUUACUGAAGCAGAGCGUGAAGCGUUUGAGCUGUUACCCGAUGACGAGAGACAGUGCGAUAAAUGUAAGACCACGUGCUUCCUUUCGGCUUUGGCCUGCUCGAACUGUCCUGAGCGUCUGGUGUGUCUCUAUCACACUCAGGAUCUGUGCAACUGCCCCACUGAAAAACUCUACCUCAGGUAUCGAUACACCCUGGAUGAGCUUUUAGCCAUGUUACACCGAUUAAAGGUUCGAUCUGAGUCUUUUGACUCCUGGGCCAACAGGGUAAAAGAAGCACUGGAACAAGAGGAGGGCAACAAGAUAGGCAUUGAAGACCUGGAGAUGCUGAAGAUGGAAGCAGCAGAUAAAAGGUUCCCUGACAAUGAACUUCUCCGGAAACUCAACACCGUUCUUAAGGAUAUAGAGCGCUGCCAAAAAACAAGUAUUGAACUCCUCAGUGAUUCAAAGACACGUGAAAACAGGUUAACCUGGGCAGAGCUUAAAUCAUUGGUAGAAUUGAUGCAAAACCUGCCCUGUGUGAUGAAUCAGUUGGAAGAAGUGCAGGCGGUUCUGCAGACAGUGGAGGACUUCCAGAGCCGGGCUCAAGUACUGGUCAAUGACAAGGACUGGAGGAGGGGUUCUCCACCGUCUGAGCAGCUGCAGAUGUUGUUGGAUGAAGGAGCUGAGCUGCCGGUUGUCGUGCCAGAAUGCGCUUUACUCCAGGGCCUGAAGGAGCAGGGCCACUGGCUGGCAGACGUGAGGCGCACCUUGGCCACAGAAGAAGGGGAAAGGCAGGAGAUGACACUGGAAGUAUUGCGGAAUCUCAUGGAAGCAGGUUGCAAUAUACCCCAGAGUGUGUCGGUGGAGACUGCAAUGGCAGAGCUUCAGGAGCUGCUCACAAUUGCAGAACGUUGGGAGGAGAAAGCACAGAUCUGCUUGGAGCAAAGGCAAAAACAUCCUCUUUCAACCCUGGAGGCAAUAGUGAAUGAAGCCCAGCUAAUCCCGGUAAAGCUUCCAAACAUCCUGGCUCUGCAGAGCUGUCUUACACGAGCGCGGGCCUGGGUAACAGAUUUGGAGGAAAUUCAGAAUGGGGAGCAUUACCCAUGUCUGGAUGAUCUCGAGGGUCUGGUGGCAAUUGGAAGGGACUUGCCAGUCUUCAUGGAGGAGCUGAGGCAGCUGGAACUGCAAGUUGCCAGUGCCCAUUCCUGGAGGGACAAAGCUAGCAAGACCUUCCUGAAGAAGAGCAGUCAGCACAGUCUGCUAGAGGUGUUAUGCCCUUGUGUAAAAAGAAGAGAGAGGCUGGAUGAGCUUCAGCCAUUAGAGGAGCCAUUAGAAGAUUCUGAUACCAACACUCUGGGCCUCUCUGCUCAGGACCUGAGGGACCCUGCAGCUAUUGUGAUGGCAUUCAAAGAAGGGGAGCACCAGGAGAAGGAGGCACUACUGAGAUUACAGAAGUCAAACAUGUGUAAAUCUGGACUCAAGUCUGAAAGUUACAAGGGGGAUAGGGAGAAUGGGAAGUGGGACGAUGCAAUGGAGACGGACACAUCCAGCCACUCAGAGAACUCUGUGCAAGAGAAUGGUAACAGUAACCACACACCCCUCACGCCUCCUCCGUCGGUGUGUGUUUGCAGCAGGCUGACCCGUACUCCUCAACUCCGCUGCCACCUGUGUAAGGACUGGUUUCACGGUGGCUGCGUUCCUUUCCCCUCCCUCCUGCCAUCAUCCGGACCGCCAGUUAACCCCCUCUGCUGGUGGGACUGGGACUCGCGCUUUUUGUGUCCGCAAUGCCAGCGGUCACGGCGCCCGCGUCUGGAGACCAUCCUUGCGUUACUCGUAGCCUUGCAGCGGCUGCCAGUGCGUCUGCCUGAGGGAGAGGCGCUGCAGUGUCUCACAGAGAGGGCCAUCACCUGGCAGGGCCGAGCCAAGAAGGCCCUCGAGACACCAGAGCUGCAACAGGCACUCGAGAAGCUGCAAGAACUUAAAGAGACACUGCAUCAUAAAUUAGAGAAACAGGAAGAUAAAGAAAAGAGGACAGAUGGGACCUCUGUGAUCGUUCUGUCCGACUCUGAGGGAGGGGAAGGAGAAGAUGGAGUCAUUGACCUUACAGAGGAAAAGUCACAGAAGAAGAACCCCCAGGAAAGCAAUGACACUCAGGCUGUAUGUGAGAACGGUGUUAGCAAGAGGUCCAGUGUUACAGAUGUAGGGUCCCUGCUGCCGCUGCUGCCGCUGCUAAAAGGCCAGGUAGUGGAGCUGUCCCCGGUCACUCGGGCCCAGCUGGAGGAGCUGCAGCUGGAAGGAGAUCUGCUGGAGGUGUCCUUGGACCAGACCUACACCAUCCAGCGACUCCUCGAAGCGUCAUCAGUUCCACCAAGAGAAAUGCUGCACACACUCAUUCAGAUUGCCCUUGAAGAGCAGAGGCGAACCAGCCGCGGACGAGCCAAGGAUUCCAAACGGAAGAGAAAAGGCCACCGAGGUGAAAAUGUGGAGGUGGCAGGAGAACAGUCGUCGUCUGCCUCGGAGUCAAAGAAAACCUGUCCUCUCAAACACAGCCCCUCCCCUCACCUAGCUCUGCAGAUUCAUCCAGAGAUUUUGUGAUAUAGUUGAUGUCGGAUCCCUGUUAACAAGGAUUAGUCGGAGGAGUUUGAAAGACAGAGCGUUCUGUGCCAGAAGACCAUGUUACGUUAUAGAAAGAUGCAGGACAUCCACCUGUACCGUUCUCCUCCCAGUCACACAUUCAGACACUAAUGGAGCAGUGACUCUUCUUCUACACUCCUUAAGUGAGACGUAUCUCGACUCACGUUUUCUUUUUUCUUACAAAACUUUGUUCUCCACUUCCCCUGGACCCAUUCUCCCUGUGAACAUAUUCAGACUGUGUUGGGCCGAUGUUGGACUUACUGUAAUAGCAGUGUCUUUGGUCUAGAGUCGUCUCUAAGGUCAGUCAGUAUGCUAUAUACUCCCAACUGUAUUAAAUGCCUGUUUUAGCACCGGCAGUUGCAGUUUUACUUCUUGAGCCUGUUGCGCUCCUUAAUGUUGGAUAAGCUAUAUUAGACAGUUCUGUAUGGGCAUGACUCCUGAGGUACAGCAGGUGGUUGUGUCAGCUGAUCUUAGAUAACAGCACCGUGGUUAAAGUUGUAUCUUUUUUAGUUGUACUGAAUCUUGUGUUAUAUGCCGUUUAGAGGGGACGUGCGUUUGAGUUCGGGAAGUGUUAAAACAGGCAUUAAUGUUUUGGUGCUACUUUCCCAAAUGGAUAUCUGUACCUCUUGGCUUUAUCUUUCUCCUUAUGCUUUGUUUUUAAGCUCUGAACCUCUUGACUUUUUCCCUUGUUCUAUAUCUCUAUCUCCAAAUUAAGGUAACUUCACUUUGACUCACUUUUGUCACAGAUAUUUUUGUUCUGAGUUCAAAUUAUUAUUGUUAUUAUUACUGAUAUAUUACAGACACACAGUUGUCGUGAGUUUGUGUAUAAACUUUUCAUUUUAAUGUUGCCUUCGUUUCUUUUCACUCUUGUUAGAAAAUAAAGGUUAGAAUUGUUUAGGAUA